GGUCUUGAGGAUAACAAACAACAUGGUGGCCUCCAGCACGAAGACGAUGUCUCUGAAACAAUUCAUGCUGCGGCAACAAGUGCUGAAGCUGUAUAGGGACGCUUUGCGAACGAUUCGCAAUGUGCCCGAUGAAAGCCAGAAGGAAGAACUUCGCAUGUGGGUCAGGCACGAUAUUGAAAACAACAAAGGGUUACAAGACGAGGACUUUAUCAAGAUGCAUAUUGCAAGGGGAAAACUGGCACUAAAGGAACUGCAGUCUACGUUACAGCUGUCCAAGUAAAAAAUUGUACAUAAUAUAGGUGAAUAAAACUAACUUAUUUUACGU